UUUUUUUUUUUUAAAAAAAAAAGGCGAUUCAUAUAAUUUAAACUCAGAUUUGAUUUAUGAAUUCGGACUAAAAUCAGUACCUCUAUUUUUCCUUCCCUUUUUCAUCUAUCAACAAUGAGCAAAGUCAGCGCUGCUACCGUCAGAGAAAUUGUCAACCAAAUCCAAGCUGCUUCCAAGGAGAAGCAACGUAACUUCACUGAAACCGUUGAACUUCAAAUUGGUUUGAAGAACUACGAUCCUCAACGUGAUAAGCGUUUCUCUGGUACCAUCAAGUUGCCCAACAUCGCUCGUCCCCGUAUGACCGUCUGUGUUCUUGGUGAUGCUUUCCACUGUGAUCAAGCCAAGGGUGCCGGUAUGGAAUUCCAAUCUGUUGACGAUCUUAAGAAGCUCAACAAGAACAAGAAGCUCAUCAAGAAGCUCGCUAAGAAGUAUGAUGCUUUCUUGGCCUCUGAAGCUUUGAUCAAGCAAAUUCCUCGUCUUUUGGGUCCUGGUCUUCACAAGGUCGGUAAGUUCCCUACCCCUGUCUCUCACAACGACUCUUUGACCGACAAGGCCAACGAAAUCCGUUCCACCAUCAAGUUCCAACUUAAGAAGGUUCUCUGUCUCGGUGUUGCUGUUGGUCACCUCGAUAUGACUGAAGAUCAAUUGGUUGCUAACAUCAUGUUGGCUGUCAACUUCCUCGUCUCCUUGUUGAAGAAGCACUGGCAAAACAUCAAGUCUUUGUACUUGAAGUCCACCAUGGGUAAGCCCCACCGUCUCUUCUAAGAAGGGUCCUUUUUUUUAUAAAGGGGCAUCAAUUAUAUAAGCAUUAUGUUCAUUUGUCAUGUUAACAAACUUGAACCUCUAAUUUUUCUUUAAAAAAAAUUAUUACUCUGACGGUUUUACCAAGGUUUUAUAAAUAUGUAAAAUCAUUUGGGAGCUAUCAUGACUAUAAUAUAUUGUUUAUGAUCCCUUAAUAAAAAAAUAUUUAAAUAUAACAUAAA